AUGAAGAAACUUAAAUCUGAUCAGCAUGAUAAAGUUAUUGCUAAGUUGGAUAAAAAUAUAAUUGUAAAACAGGAGUUAAAACAACAGUUAUUAUCACCUGCACAUACAUCUACAUCAGAUCAAAUUUCAGAAGAACAG